GAAGCCUGCACUCCCAGCACUGUUGUCUUCUCACCCAGCCUGAAGCCUGAGUAGUGCCAGGAUGUCCCUGAGUCUGUCCACCCUGCUGCUUCUCGUCCUCACCCUCGACAGUUCCCUGGCCCUGAGGCUCUGCUCCUUCAACGUGAGAUCCUUUGGGCAAAGCAAGAAGGAAAACCAAAAUGCCAUGGAUGUCAUUGUGAAGGUCAUCAAACGCUGUGACCUUAUACUCUUAAUGGAAAUCAAGGACAGCAACAACAGGAUCUGUCCCAUGCUGAUGGAUAAGCUGAAUGGAAAUUCAAGGAGAGACAUCCCAUACAGCUAUGUGAUUAGCUCUCGUCUUGGAAGAAACACAUAUAAAGAACAGUAUGCCUUUAUCUACAAGGAAAAGCUGGUGUCUGUAAAGGAGAAGUACCUCUACCAUGACUAUCAGGAUGGGGACACAGAUGUGUUUUCCAGGGAGCCCUUUGUGGUUUGGUUCCAGUCACCCCACACUGCUGUCAAGGACUUCGUGAUUGUCCCCCUGCAUACCACCCCGGAGACAUCCGUUAAAGAGAUUGAUGAGUUGGCUGAAGUCUACAAGGAUGUGAAAUGGCGCUGGAAUGCAGAGAAUUUCAUUUUCAUGGGUGACUUUAAUGCUGGCUGCAGCUAUGUCCCCAAGAAGGCCUGGAAAAACAUUCGCUUAAGAACCGACCAGAGGUUCAUCUGGCUGAUUGGGGACCAAGAGGACACCACAGUUAAGAAGAGUACCAACUGUGCAUAUGACAGGAUUGUGCUUCGAGGGCAAGAGAUAGUCGAAUCUGUGGUUCCCAGAUCAAAUGGCACCUUUGACUUCCAGAAAGCCUACAAAUUAUCUGAAGAGGAGGCCUUGGAUGUCAGUGACCACUUUCCAGUUGAAUUUAAACUACAAUCUUCAAGGGCCUUCACAAACCGCAAAAAAUCUGUUGCUCCAAAGAGGAAAAAAAAGACCAAUCAUUCCUAAAUACAAAGGCACCAUUUAAUUAACUAUUUCUUGCCUCUAAAUAAAUGGUCCUAACAG